AUGACGUUGAGGGGAUGUUCUACCGGUGCACGCUCUGCUACUUCGACAUCCAUCAACUAUGCACCAAACUUCCCAACACCGUGCGAGACGCCAACGACGUCACACUCAAUGGGAGCGCCAACCACCCCAACACCACCGCCUUAUGAUCCUUAUGGAAGGAGAAAUAGGUCCAGUAACGAAGCCCAACAUGGAGCACUUCACACAUCCAGGCCAUUCGCUAGCAGAAGUUUAUGGGAGCGAAGAGUUCCAGUGCGACGGUUGCAAGACCCCCGGGAAUGGCCCCGAUAUCGCUGCCACAUAUGCGAUUUCAAUUUGCACGACUGCUGUGGGCGCUGCCCACCCACCCUCUCCACCUUCAUGCACCCCCAACACCACCUCAAACUCGUGAUCGGAACCCAAGGCAGGCACGAUAACGAGGGUUCCUGCGACUUGUGCGGGGACAACGUUGAGGGGCUGUUCUACCAGUGCACGCUCUGCGACUUCAACAUCCACCCGCUAUGCACCAAACUUCCUGAGUAUGUGCCCCACGCCCUCGACCCCAUUCAUCAAUUAAAGCUCCAGACGUCGUCGUCCCCCGGGUGGUGCAGGGUCUGCAAAAGCGAGUGCACUUCAUGGCGGUACGGAUGUAGGACUUGUAAUUUUGAUAUUCAUCUUGAGUGCAUCUUAGAUCGGUGCGAUGCGUCCACGGCCUCACGCUCAGUGGCAGCGCCAGCUUCACCGCAUGGUGUUGCGUCACCGCUGCCUCCUUGGGGUUGGGGUUGGGGUUGUUCUUAUGGAGGCCUAACUCUUCAUGGUGCUUAUGGGCCUGCUCCUUAUGGUACUUAUGGGCCUGCUCCUUAUGGUACUUAUGGGCCUGCUCCUCAUGGUGCUUAUGGACCUUCUCCUUAUUAUGCUUAUGGGCCGCAGCAUCCUUAUUAUUCAUCAACACCACCUCCUUAUUUCCCAUCAGGACCAUCACCAACUCACUUUGGUGCCUAUGUUCAUCCUUAUGCAUUUACUCCACCACCACCAUCUUUUUAUGGUGCUGCACCACCAUCUUUUUAUGGUGCUGCACCACCACCUUUUCAUGGCGUUGCACCACCACCACCUACUUAUGGUGCUGCACCACCGCCUACCUAUGGUGCUGCACCACCACCACCUUCUUAUGGUGCUGCACCACCACCACCUUCUCAUGAUGGUUAUCCUUACGGGGAACCUCCUGGUUUCAGUCAACAUAGUGCGGAUCACUCUGUUAGCGAAGCUCAAGGGAGUGGUAAGCCGUCAAAAUUAGGGAAGAAGCUGGGCAAGACUAUAUGUUCCCUUGUAGGGAACCUAACGAUUAUGUUGCUUUGUGGUGUAAUCUUGGGAUGAAGUUAUCUUCUUUGCCGUGAAUUUUACAUUGAAGGAGGAGGUCUCAUUGUUUUUGUGCACUCGAUUUUAGGGCCUGUUCAGGAGGUGUGGUUGCACCUGCACCUAAUUUUGUGCACUCGCCGAUAUUGGACAAGAGACAAAGCAUAUCUUUUCUAUUGAAAAUUUUAAAAAUGAUAAAAAAAAAUGCUUAUAGCAUUUUGCAAACCCUCAAAGAAUAUUUAAUGUUAAGAUUA